ACGGCGAGAGGAUGUGGCAGCGGUCGUGCGAGAGGUGGCGCCGCAACUCGCGCUAACAUGGAGCGCUGGUCGUGUUACGUCACCUUGGUGUUUGCGCUGCUCAGUGCCGUAGCGCCAAUCAAGUUUUUGGACCGGACUGGACGCUGCACUGGUGAGAACCAACAGUGCACACCAAUCCUCGACUGCCCCGCCUACAAGACCAGAGCGGACAUCCUGAACAAGCCACCGACGCCCUGUGGCUUUUCGGGCCGGACACCGCUCAUCUGUUGCGAGUCUACUGAAGCCACCUCACCGAAGCCUGUAAGCCUCACACAGCUGCUGCCGGAGGAAUGCGGCAACCCUAACAGAACAAUUACCGUCUUCCGUUUCCGCCGUGACACAACGACCAUUGAAAAACAUAACCCACUUCUGAAAGACACGGAUUUCACAGGCCCUGUGUUCGUCGCACAAGCUGUCGGCGGUUUUAACGCUAUACUCGGCAAGUGGCCGUGGAUGGUGCUGUUCGGCCAGCGGACGGACACCGGCGGGCAGAAGUGGUUCUGCGGCGGCGUCCUCAUCACCGACCGACACGUGCUCACAGCCGCCCACUGCCUACGGCCAGAGCAGGCCGCCACCGUGCUGGCCCGCAUCGGCGAUCAUGACCUCACCACCUUCGAGGACGUCGACCACCAGGAGCGCAACAUCACCAGCAUCGUGCGGCACCCGCAGUACCACGCCUCGCAGAACGACCUGGCCGUGGUGCGGCUGCAGUCGCCGGUGCAGCUGACGAAAGCCGUGCGGCCCAUCUGCCUGCCGCCGGCCGGCUCCCAGCACCACGGCCAGGAUGUCGAGAUGGCCGGCUGGGGCUUGGUCGAGUUCGGCGGCGAGACGGCCGACGUGCUGCAGGAGGUGCCGUUGCGUGUGUUCGACGAGGGCGCCUGUGAGGACGCCUACCGCCAGGCGCCCGCGUUCAACACCGCAUUUCCCGGAGGCUUUCAGGGCACCAAGAUCUGUGCGAGCAGCCGCGACGACAAGCCACACGACGCGUGCCGGGGAGACUCGGGGGUCCGCUGAUGGUCGAGCUGCCCGACGGCUCCUACCAGCUCAUUGGCAUCGUCUCCACCGGCGUCGGCUGUGGCAACCCCGAUUUUCCCGGCAUCUACACCAAAGUCUCUAUAUUGACUGGAUCCUCAGCAAUCUUAUUGAGUAGUUUGUCACUGUCUUUGUCAUUGCCUGUGCUAAGGCUAUUUCUUUUUGGUGCACCAAUGUGCAGAACCGUACGCUCAGGAUCUACUUAAUGGUGUGAAUAACAUGCUGGUGAUGGUUGCGUAGAAUUCGAAAUGACUUAAACCUGGCUGAUAUCAAGCUUGCUUUAGCUUUGAAAUGUUUGUGUGGUACACGAUAAUCAACGGCGACGCAUUUUUCUACAGCGCGCAGAGUUUAAUAGCUGAGGACAUAAAAGAGGAAGUCGGAACUACACAAAAUAGCUUGAUUUGCGACGACAUUUGAGAGUAACGUAACGUUAUCCAAACUCCUCUUUCCCCCGGUGCGUUUAGAUCACGAUGCAUCAAGACACAUCUUCCUCUCCAUGUGCGUCGUAAUUCAUGGACGACCCUUUGCAUGCGGCGGUCAAUAAUCCAAGCGAACCACGGAAACCCUGUGCGACAGUACAGCCCAUUUGACCUAUAAAUUUUCUUAGUUUCGAAGCUUUACACCAAUAUGGGCUGUUCAUAGAACCGCUUUUGUAGUUGGCAAUAAUGCAUUUGAACACCAGACGAUAACACAAUUUUCUGAGCAUUAGCAUGCUGAACAGGUAAAAUACUUUGGCCUUUUUCGAAACGUUGAUAUCCUUAAAAGUGUGACCUAUGCAGGCAGCGCUUGAAUACCAUGCCAAAAAUCUGAGCAGUGCAUAAUAGCAACGUUCAACUGCCCUUUGAUGUGGUGACAUGGAGACAAUUCAGUACACCGACGACAGAAUCAGAAUCGAUCUCGCGGCAGCGUCUGGCCUAUAACGUACCAUGUGGCACAGGGGGCAUAAUGUGUGAUAUGUACCCAUAUAUAUAUAUAUAUAGACCACAAGGGCAACGUAGAAAGUCCUGUUUGACCUUGUCAACCUCUUGGUGACCAACUUCAUACAACCCUGGUCUGAGUAUUGCAUUUGAAUAAGCGACAAAGUUCAAGGCUAGACAGUAUGCUCCUAAAGACCAAAUGUUGACCUGGGUCACUUUAGGCUAAUGACUUUUGCUGAUCUUUAAGAAAUCCAUGGAAGAUGUAGAAUGCUGCUCGUGCUAUCAAUAAAUCCGAAAUGAGCACCAUAAACUAUCCUACU